AACAGUCUUCCGGCCAUUUUGAAAAUCUCGCGUUUCUCUUCCUGCUUUGCUCUGCGUGCUGUCGCUGCUCGAUUCGCUUUUUAAAACUUUUUCGCGUGUAAUCAGUGAUUAAUUUCAGGAUGAAUGUUAUUGAUCAUGUGCGGGACAUGGCGGCCGCCGGCCUGCAUUCUAACGUGCGGCUCCUGAGCAGCCUGCUGCUGACGAUGAGCACCAACAACCCGGAACUCUUCUCUCCAGCACAGAAGUAUCAGCUGUUGGUGUAUCACGCUGAUGCCAUAUUUCAUGAUAAAGAGUACAGGAAUGCAGCCUGCAAAUACAACAUGGCCCUGCAGCAGAAAAAGGUGCUCAGUAAAACCUCUAAAGUGCGUCCAUCCAGCACAGGAGGCACCUCUUCAGUCCAAACCCAGAACUUGCCUUCAGAGAUUGAGGUGAAGUACAAGAUUGCAGAGUGCUACACCAUUCUGAAGCUGGACAAAGAUGCCAUCUCGGUUUUGGACGGGAUUCCAUCAAGGCAGAGGACUCCGAAGAUCAACAUGAUGCUGGCGAAUCUGUACCGAAAGGCUGGGCAGGAGCGAUCAGCAGUCACGAGCUACAAGGAAGUCCUGAGGCAGUGUCCUCUCGCACUGGAUGCUAUUAUUGGGCUGCUGUCUCUGUCUGUGAAAGGAGCUGAGGUGGCCUCCAUGACCAUGGAUGUGAUCCAGAGUAUCCCUAAUCUGGACUGGCUUUCUGUUUGGAUCAAAGCCUACGCCUUCAUCCAUGGAGGAGAUAAUCACAGAGCCAUCAACACUAUCUGCUCCCUGGAGAAAAAGUCUCUCCUGAGGGAUAACGUGGAUCUGUUGGUGAGCCUUGCAGACGUGUACUUCCGAGCCGGAGACACCAAGAACGCCAUCCUGAAAUUUGAGCAGGCGCAGAUGCUCGACCCCUAUCUCAUCAAAGGCAUGGAUGUGUAUGGCUACCUUAUGGCUCGAGAAGGACAUCUGGAGGACGUGGAGGUUCUUGGUGGUCGACUGUUUAAUAUCUCAGAUCAGCAUGCGGAACCCUGGGUAAUAUCUGGGUGCCACAGUUUCUACAGUAAGCGCUAUUCUCGUGCACUGUACCUGGGGGCCAAAGCCAUCCAGCUGAACAGUAACAGCGUGCAGGCUCUGCUUCUGAAGGGUGCUGCGCUGCGCAACAUGGGCCGAGUGCAGGAAGCGAUCAUUCACUUCCGGGAGGCCAUGAGGCUGGCACCAUGCCGUCUAGACUGCUACGAAGGACUGAUUGACUGUUACCUGGCAUCCAAUGGCAUCCGUGAGGCAAUGGGCAUGGCCAAUAACAUCUAUAAGACACUUGGUGCCAAUGCCCAGACCCUCACUAUUCUGGCCACGGUGUGUCUGGAGGACCCCAUGACCCAGGAGAAGGCCAAGACCCUGCUGGAUAAAGCCCUCGCGCAGCGGCCAGACUACAUCAAAGCCGUGGUGAAGAAAGCGGAGCUCCUCAGUCGAGAACAGAAAUACGAAGAAGGCAUAGCACUUCUGCGGAAUACACUGGCCAAUCAGAGCGACUGCAUGCUGCACAGAAUGCUGGGAGAUUUCCUAGUCGCUGUUAAUGAGUAUCAGGAGGCCAUGGACCAGUAUAGCAUAGCCUUGAGCCUGGAUCCAAAUGACCAGAAGUCUUUAGAGGGCAUGCAGAAGAUGGAGAAGGAGGAGAGCCCUACAGACGCCACAGUGGAGAUCGACGGGGACGACAUGGAGGGCAGCGGAGAGGAAGGCGACCUUGAGGGCAGCGACAGUGAGGCAGCGCAGUGGGCCGACCAGGAGCAGUGGUUUGGCAUGCAGUGAGUGGCAGCACUGAUCUCCGAUCAGCCACCUCCUGACUCGUCAUCAUUCAGCAGGAUGUAAAGAACACAAACUGAUCCUGGAUCGGCAAUUAACUCUGGAGUUUAUGAGCCUGGCCUACAGCUAGUGUUGUAGCGCCUCCUGCAGGCUGGGAGCCAUGUCGUGUAGGCCAGAGUACAGGAAAGCCUGACGCAUCUGUGUGUAAACAUGGACGAUAUUGUCAUGGGUAAUGGUGCGCAGUUAUAAAGAACAGCACUGAUGCUUUCAAACACUUGCCACUGUGGAGUAAAAUCAGUGCCCUUAUAUCAGGGUCGUCUUUUGCUUUGGGACAGGUACACAGCUCUGCUCUGCGUCAGUGCUUCAGUUUUAAAUCUAAUGAUUGUAGUACUUCUGAACACCUUGUUCACUUUCCAGUUUUGCCAUAGCAAGAUCUCUCACAAAGCAUUUUCAAAUGAACUUCAAACAUGAGCUUAAUCACUCGUUUGCUCUUAGGAGGUAAAAACAAAGCCUUAUUGUCAUCACUUAUGUUUGAAACCAUUGAUUUUUCUUAUUGAACUGCUCUUUACCCCCCUCCCGUGAUGCCAGAGUGCCACAUAACCACUACGCUCUUACAGAAAUUAUAAAACUACAGAACAAACCAUCCGACUCGCAUCAUAUAUAUUUCAAUAUAAACAAAUACUGUGGUUCAGGAUGCUAAUUUUGAUUUUAAGAUGGCCUUGUGAACAUCUCUGAGCAGCCUUUUCCACAUGGUUCCUAUGGAUGUUCAAGAAAAACAAACUCUUCUAAAAGGAGAAAACCUUUGUUUCCAGUCAGCGUAUUUGAUCAAAUUGUGUUCACGUAGCCUGACGUGCUCUCUGUGGUGUGACUUAUUUUUUAAUCUGAUGUUUAUAACAAUAUCAUAUCAUUGUGAACUGUGAAAAAAAACAAAACUAUUUUUCAAUGUUAACAAAUAAAUCAUGAUGGAUUCCUUA